AUGCCGAGCUGCACCGCGUCCACCAUGCCGGGCAUGAUCUGCAAGAACCCAGACCUCGAGUUUGACUCGCUGCAGCCCUGCUUCUACCCGGACGAAGAUGACUUCUACUUCGGCGGCCCCGACUCGACCCCCCCGGGGGAGGACAUCUGGAAGAAGUUUGAGCUAUUGCCCACGCCCCCGCUGUCGCCCAGCCGUGCCUUCCCGGAGCACAGCCCCGAGCCCCCGAACUGGGCCACCGAGAUGCUGCUGCCCGAGGCCGACCUGUGGGGCAACCCGGCCGAGGAGGACGCGUUCGGCCUGGGGGGUCUGGGCGGCCUCACCCCUAACCCGGUCAUCCUCCAGGACUGCAUGUGGAGCGGCUUCUCGGCCCGCGAGAAGCUGGAGCGCGCCGUGAGCGAAAAGCUUCAGCACGGCCGGCCGCCCGCCGCGGGGCCAGCCGCCCCGGCCCCCGGCGCCCCCAGCCCCCCGGGUCGCGGGCACGGCGCCGCAGCUUCGGGGCCGGGCCGCCCCGGGGCCGCCCUGCCCGCCGAGCUCGCCCACCCGGCCGCCGAGUGCGUGGAUCCCGCCGUGGUCUUCCCGUUCCCGGUGAACAAGCGCGAACCCGCGCCCGUGCCCGCCUCCCCGGCCGGUGCCCCGGCGGCAGGCGCCGCGAUCGCUUCAGGGGCGGGCGCUGCAGCCCCUGUGGCGGCCCCGGUAGUCGCCCUUCCGCGUACCGGCGGCCGCCUGGCCAGCGCCAGCGACCACAAGGCCCUCAGCACCUCCGGAGAGGACACCCUGAGCGACUCAGAUGAUGAAGAUGAGGAAGAGGAAGAUGAAGAGGAGGAGAUCGACGUGGUGACCGUGGAGAAGCGGCGAUCGUCCUCCAGCAGCAAGGCUGUCACCACCUUCACCAUCACUGUGCGUCCCAAGAGCGCAGCCCUGGGCCCUGGGAGGGCUGCGUCAGGGGAGCUGAUCCUCAAACGCUGUGUCCCCAUCCACCAGCAGCACAACUAUGCUGCCCCAUCGCCCUACGUGGAGAGCGAGGAGGCGCCCCCCCAGAAGAAGAUCAAGAGCGAAGCUUCCCCACGGCCCCUCAAGAGCGUCCCCCCACCCAAGGCUAAGAGCUUGAGCCCCCGCAACUCUGACUCGGAGGACAGCGAGCGCCGUCGGAACCACAACAUCCUGGAGCGCCAGCGCCGCAACGACCUGCGGUCCAGCUUUCUCACGCUCAGGGACCACGUGCCAGAGCUGGUGAAGAACGAGAAGGCCGCCAAAGUGGUCAUCUUGAAAAAGGCCACCGAGUACGUCCACUCCCUCCAGGCUGAGGAGCACCAGCUUCUGCUGGAGAAGGAGAAGCUGCAGGCCAGACAGCAGCAGUUGCUAAAGAAAAUUGAGCAUGCUCGGACUUGCUGA